AUGGAUGACACAUUCACGGCCUCGCACGAGGUCGUCCUCAUCCUAGACUUCGGGUCGCAGUACAGCCACCUCAUCGCGCGCAGGUUACGCGAGUGCAAAGUGUACUGCGAGUUGCAGCCGUACGAUCUAUCCGCUGACCAAAUCCGCAAACUAAACCCCAAAGGCAUUGUCCUCUCGGGCGGCCCGCAGUCCGUGUAUGCCACCGACGGCCUGCAUGUAGCCGAAGGCGUCUUCGACCUCGGCAUCCCAAUCCUGGGCAUUUGCUACGGCCUGCAGGAGAUGGCCUGGAGCCUGGGCGGCCACGUCGUGCCCGGCGUCAAGAAGGAGUACGGCCACAUGGACAUACACAUCACCGCGCGCAAACACCCGCUCGCCCAGCUCUUCCACGGCUUGCCGGACACCUUUUCCGUGUGGAUGAGCCACGGCGACAAGCUGGCCGCCCUGCCCACCGGCUUUGUCGACGUCGCCAACACCGCAAACACCGAGCACGCCGCCGUUUCGCACCCGUCGCGCUGGUUUUACGGCCUGCAGUUCCACCCCGAGGUCACCCACACGCAGCACGGCACCCAGAUCCUGCGCAACUUUGUCACCAACGUGUGCAAGUGCAGGUGCGACUGGUCGAUGUCCGACUUUGUGUCCGAGGCGAAGAGCGCCAUCAAGGAAAUGGUCGGCCACCGCGUCGUCAUCGGCGCGGUGUCGGGCGGUGUCGACUCGACCGUCGCGGCGGUGCUCAUGAAGGAGGCCGUUGGCGACCAAUUUCACGGCUUUCUGGUUGACAAUGGCGUCAUGAGGAAGAACGAGGCCGUGGAGGUCAUGGAUAGGCUUGCGAAUAGGUGCGGCGUCAACCUCCAGCUGGUUGAUGCUUCCGAAAAGUUCUUGGACCGCCUUACCGGCGUGUCUGAACCCGAGAAGAAGCGGAAGAUUAUCGGCAACACGUUUAUCGAGUGCUUUGAGAAGGAGGCGUCAAAGUUGAACGCCGAUUUUUUGUUGCAGGGUACUCUGUACCCGGAUGUCAUAGAGUCCAUCUCUCACAAGGGUCCCUCUGCGACCAUCAAGACGCAUCACAACGUCGGGGGGUUGCCGGACCACAUGAAGCUCAAGCUCAUCGAGCCGUUGCGCUUCUUGUUUAAGGAUGAAGUGCGGGCGCUUGGCCUGGAGCUUGGCAUUGAGAGGGAGAGCAUCUUCCGUCACCCGUUCCCAGGGCCGGGGCUUGCCAUUCGGAUACUGGGGGAUAUCACGACGAAGAGACUCAAGAUACUGCAAGAGGCUGAUUCUAUUUUUUUGCAUGAACUUCGAGUUCACAACCUAUACAAUGAGAUUGGACAGGCGUUUGCAGUUUUGCUACCGGUCAAGGCUGUCGGGGUGAUGGGAGACAAGCGCACUUAUGAAGAGGUCAUUACCUUGCGAGCUGUGAAGACGUCAGACUAUAUGACUGCGGAUUGGUUUGAUCUCCCAACCCCGAUGCUUAGGAAGACAUCAGCCAGAAUAGUGAACGAAGUUCCUGGCGUGAACCGAGUGACAUACGAUAUCACCUCGAAACCACCAGGGACAAUUGAGUGGGAAUAG